AGCCGGUCGGGCCUAGUCCACUUCACUCCGGCUCCGGUUGGUAAUGGAGCGUUUCGAGCCUCUCCUGUUCUCUGCUCUUGUGAGCAGCAGCUUCCUCAUCUCCUCGGUCGUUUUCUCUCUGAUCAACCGGGGGCAGAGGACUCCUUACAUGGACGAAAUUUUUCACGUGCCGCAGGCGCAGCGAUAUUGCGAUGGGAGAUUUUCCGAGUGGGAUCCAAUGAUCACAACUCUACCAGGCCUCUAUCUUGUGUCUACUGGGAUAAUCAAGCCAGUGUCUUGGCUGAUGGGCUGGACAGGAACUGUGGUGUGUUCUACAGGAAUGCUACGAUUCAUUAAUCUGUUGUUCAGCACUGGGAACCUCUACUUACUUUACCUGCUCUUGUGCAAGAUACACCAGAAGAAUAAGGUUACCUCUGCAUUCCAGAGAAUUGUAUCUGCAUUAGCACUUGCCUCAUUUCCCCUGCUUUACUUUUUCUCAUUCCUCUAUUACACAGAUGCAGGCUCAACAUUCUUCAUCUUGUUUACUUACCUGAUGUGCCUGUAUGGGAGUCACAGUAUUGCUGCCUGCCUUGGCUUCUGCGCCUUUAUGUUCCGGCAGAGUAAUAUCAUCUGGAUUGUAUUCUGUGCAGGAAGUGUUGUUGCACAGAAAUUAACAGAAGCGUGGAGAAUAGAUUCACUCAAGAAAAAGGAUGAAAAGACACCUGCUGUUCCAAAUUCUGCUGCAGAAAUCAAGAAAAUUGUGCAAUUUAUUUUAGAAUAUACCCUGUCGCUAAACAAUCUGAAAUCACUGAUACUUCUCACCUGGCCAUAUAUCAUCCUAGUUCUGGGUUUUCUGUUAUUUGUCUUCCUGAAUGGAGGGAUAGUUGUUGGUGACAGGGCCAGCCAUGAGAUCUCUCUGAAUUUUCCUCAGUUAUUCUACUUCUUCUCCUUCACCCUUGUGUUCUCUGUUUCUCAUCUGCUUUCCCCUCAUAAGGUAGCUUCCUUCCUAUAUUCAGUAAAGAAGCAUCCAUUAUUUUACAUUGGUCUUGUGAUUGUUUCCCUACUGUUGGUUUGGAAGUUCACUUAUGUCCAUAAGUUCUUGCUGGCCGAUAACAGACACUACACUUUUUAUGUUUGGAAAAAUAUCUUUCAAAGGCACGAACUGAUUAAGUAUGUUUUGGUGCCAGGGUACAUCUUUGCUGCUUGGGUAGUCAUUGAAACAUUGAAGUCCAAAUCAAUAUUCUGGAACUUAGUAUUUUUUAUCUGUUUGACUGCUGCCACUGUUCCACAAAAAUUAUUAGAGUUUCGUUAUUUCAUUGUGCCAUACCUGAUCUACAGACUGAACAUUCCGAUGCCCUUGGGCUUUAAGAUUCUUGCAGAGCUGGCUCUGUAUUCUCUAGUAAAUGUGCUAACUAUUUAUUUGUUUCUAAACAAAACCUUUCAAUGGCCAGACAGGAAAGAAGUUCAAAGAUUUAUGUGGUGAUCAUUUUUGUUGGGAGUGGAAAAAUCAUGUACAUAAACAGUUAUCAAACUUUAAAAUUUUGUAAUGUCCAUAAUACUUUAGGAAGAAGAGCCUUUUUUUGUAUUAUUCUCUAUUUUGUUGACUUGCUACAGUAGUUGUAUAUUUGCUGCGAUGAAUCAUUGAACUUUUUGCAAACUCUGUAUUCAUUAUGAUAGCUUCAUUUAUUUAAAGCUGUUUAUGCAAAGAACUUGUUUUAAUCAAAUGUACUAUAUUGGUUUUGCUUGUGCUACUUCAGAAGUAAGCCAAGUUGUUGAUUUAUCUGAAUUAUAAAUACAAUUAAUGCUAUUUUGUACUCCUUUUGAAGUACAUAAAUAGUACUUUAGACCCUUGCUAAUUAAGCAACUUGCAAAAAAGAAAAAGUGUUUAUCCAUUUGAAAUUGCAACCCUGUCCGUUGUGAACAGUUUGAUCUUAUUUUAGUAUCACAAUUCAUUGAGUUUGCAUGUUAUCACUUAUUGUUUUUUUCAUAUUGGACUGAGGAUUUAAGGAUUAGUUUAAAUAGUAGACAUCUGUGUUCUGGUAUGCUGAUCCAUUUGUUAUUCCCAUCAUUAAGCCUAUGUUAGAGACAUUAAUCAUGUUUUUACGUGAUGUAUUCUGGUCAUGUUUGACAUUGAACUGGAAAAUCAGUUAUUUUAUCUCGCAGCUUUUAUCUGAAGCAUAGCUUUCUGUUCGGUAUGGAUAUCUACUUAUUUACUGAUCUUUAAUAAUUAACAUUCCUAGCAAAUCCUCUGUGGCAUUCCUCAUUGAGUUGGAGAUCAUUGUGAGGGAGGAGAGCUGGGUAUUUCCACAGAGAAGGUUUGGAAAGUAGUUUGAGAUGUCAGGCACAGUAAAAUGUUUUUUUUGGUUCUUCAAAGAAAAUGUUUAAUUUAUUUACUACAGGAAGAUAAGUAAAUAAAUAGUUAUGCCCAACCGA